AUGAUUACUUUUCGCGAUCCCGCUCCCUCAGACGAUGGAAAUCCAGCCGACGGUGCACAGACCACGGAUGGAGGGCUCAUGCCGGAAUAUCGCCCGGCUCUGUUGCAGAACAAGACACCAGCGAUUCCGAUUCCGAAGGUCGGGUUCGUGCCGCUGCCGCAUCAGGAGCCGGACGCCAUGCCACCGACACUUGUUCUUCGACGGCUCCUCACCCUCCACUCUGCCGUGCUCAAGACGGUGCUCGCGGAUCCUUCUUCACCGACACCGGAAGGCGUUACUCUCGGGACCGCGAGAGUUGAUGGCGAGAAGUUCCUUUGCCUUUGGGGGGAAGAAAGACACGAGACGGCGACGGAAGAGCUCCUGGCCUAUGUUCGUCUCGGACACAAAUACAAGAUAGAAGGCUUGCGCGAGCAGAGCUUGAAGGCGCUCAGUGAUCGCCUGCAUCCAACCUUUUCGGGCAAUCUGGGAUAUAGUUUUGACCGCCGCUCUGACAUGGAUCCAGUUCUUGCGCUGCCGUCGUCAACGUCGCGAUCUACACCAAAUCCCCACACCUUCUCCCAUAUGCACUGCUUCUCUGCUCCACCUCCGUCGCUCCACGUUCCACACAUUCCAGCCAUGCAUGUCUACAGCGACGGAGAACACGAGGCUAUGGACAAGGACGCCGAAUGGCUCUGCGCCAACGCGACUCAUCAGCUCGUGCUCACCACCAUCGCGGCUGCAAACUCGGUUUUACUCCCCCCGCUCGACUCGUGCGCACAAAACCAUGGACGGUCUCGCUCGCACCCUUCUCCCGGCUCUCGCGGGGACCACGUCGCCGCUGGACCCCUGAUGUGGACGUUUCUGGAGCACGAGGCCGUGAAGUCGGCCGAAGAUAAGCUGUGCCCUGCUUGUUGGAAGGAGAUCGAGUGCCGCGUCGGGCGGCAGCGCCGGGUGGUGUGGAACAAAUUACCCUCUCUGUUCGGUGUUGGUGAAAUUCCGGACUGGGAUGUGCAAGAAACCAACCGGGGAGCAGCGAUGCACGAGGCCGGGACGGCACUGUCGGAACCACCCGUCCUCGUGUGCGGAGAAGCUAUCCGGUCGGCGGGGUGCAAUGAUAUGAGGCUUGUUAUCACCAUGGAGUGCCUCGAGAUUAGGACGUACCGCCUGAGAGUCGCCGACGUCAUGCUACUGCAGCAACAGCCUCCUGGCCAGGCAGCACUGAAGUGUCAAAAGCGAUGA